AGGAAAAGCAGUCUAUCAUUUUUUUGGUGCACAGGCUCUGACUUGUGACUUGGGGAUAGAGAACAGAUUGUUGCAUUUUUGUGUUCAGAGGCAUAUAGAAAAUAUAAUCCCUGAGUCCAGAUGCCCAAUUAUGAAAACAAGGUUUGACAGAACCAAGGAAUCCUAAAACUGAGUGCUGAAUGCUGUUGGGUUUUUGUUCACAUACUUAUAAGGGAGUCUUUAUGGUAUUCCUAUGCCAAAGGUGAAAUACUGUCUGGUAGCAAGAUAUGACUGGGAAUAUUUGGAUGCUCCGCAGCUUCAUGGUGUGGAGCCUUCUUGGGUGUUAGCCUUGUAACAGAGGAACACCUCCCUGCUACAGCCAGAGAAUAAUGAGCCCUUGGACUGCACAUCAAGGAAUAAGUGUGAACCACCGUGCUCUCUCCACUAAGAGCUGUAAUAAGUAACUGCAAGGACUCUUUCCACCUACAAUUGAAAGAAGCAAAGAUAUAAGCAUGGGAGAUGUUUGAAGGAAACAAUAGAACCUACAGACCUCUUGAGGUCAUGUAGCCCAGCUUUCUGCUUGGAGCAGGGCUGACUUCCAAUUUAGAGCUGGGUUAUUCAAAGACCAAAUCUGGUCUUUGUUGUUGUCGUGUGUUUGGAGAAGAAAGUUUCAAAUUUAUUUAAAAGGGAACUCCUCAGAGAAUUUCAUCCACACUGGUGUUGGAUGAAAUCUUAUUACAAGGAUUAUUAUAUUGAAGAUUCUAGUAUUACUAGCAUUUGCUUUCUGCUUUCUGUUAGGGAGACCAUUGGUUCCAGCAACAUGGAUGAUGUCAGCUUGAAGUUCCAUCAGCAGCUUCUGUUCAUUGAUGAAAGUCUGGUGGCUGAAGAUGUAGCAGCUUUAAAAUUUCUCUGUACUGACUUUCUCCCCUUCAGAAAACUAGAAAGGGUGAAGUCAGCAGUGGACAUCUUUGAGCUUCUCAUGGCUGAAGAAUAUCUGAACGAGAAAGAUACUUUCCUACUAGCUGAACUCUUAUACACAAUUAAAUGUCAUUCCUUGCUCAAGAAACUUGGUUAUACCAAGGAGAAAGUGCAGGAAUGUCUGCAUGAGAAGGGAAGAGUGUCUCCUUACAGGCAGAUGCUGUAUGAAUUGUCAGAGAACAUUACCAGUGACAUGUUGAAGGAUAUCAUAUUCCUCCUGAAAAACUGUCUUCCAAAGCGACGGGUAACUCUGUCUGCUCUGGAAUUGCUGAUUUUAUUGGAAAAACAGAGCCUUUUAACUGAGAACAAUGUACAGAUACUGGAGGAAGUCUGUAUGCAUGUUUCACCCAAUCUCCUGGAAAGAGUAAACUGCUACAAAAGGGCAAAAGUGUCUCUGCCUCAGCAGGAGAACACUCUGCCCAUUGAGGAAAUUUCACUGUCUCACACUGGAGAUAUCAAAGUAUUCCCUUUCUCAGAGGAGACCUCGAUCAAGUCUAUUGGUUCUAAUAUCAAUGAUAACAAAGAAGCAUGUCUUACCCAAGGCUUCUCUGAAAUAAGGGUGGAGCCACCUGGAGGACUCAGCAAUGCAGAAAGUGAAUCCAAGAAGAUGAAAAACUACAAGAUGGAUGGACCACACAGAGGAUUUUGUCUUGUUAUUAAUAAUGUUAAAUUCGAUAAGUCUCUUAGUGAAAGGAAAGGUUCUUUCAAAGAUGCUGAGGAACUGGAGAGAGUAUUCACAUGGCUAGGUCUGGAUGUGAGGACUUACACAGAUCUGACAUCUCAGAAGAUUAAAGAACUCAUGCAAACUUGGCAGCAGUUGCAAGAUCACAAAGACAGGGACUGUUUUAUAUGUUGUAUUCUAUCUCAUGGAGAGUCAGGAGCAGUCUAUGGGAAAGAUGAGGAGCUUGUAUCAAUCCGCACAAUCAUGUCCUACUUCACUGCAACACAGUGUCCACAGCUGGCAGAAAAACCCAAACUGUUCUUUAUCCAAGCAUGCCAGGGCAUGGCCACAAUUGACGGAUAUGUCUCCUUCCGGCAUAUUCAACAGGGUGCUUGGUAUAUUCAGGCCCUAUGUAGCAAGCUACAGCUGUUGGUACCAAGGGGUGAAGAUAUUUUGUCGAUUCUUACAGAAGUUAAUGAAGAUGUGGCCAGACGUGUUGACCGCUUAGGCACAAAGAAGCAGAUGCCCCUACCAGCAUAUACCUUAACAAGAAAACUUAUAUUCCCAAUACCUAGAGACCCUCCUCCUUCACAGCAAUACGGAGGCUUUUGAAAUACAUCCUUUUAUCAGUGCAUUUCACUUAAAUGCAAUUCACCACACAACCUGUUUUAAGGCAGGUAUCCAGAAUCCUGAGGAACUGUUAGCUUCAAGGCAAAGUGUCAUAAUUUUUUUUCCAUCCUGGGAAACUGGAGGAGAUGCAAUUAAAACAAUCCAUGUGCUAGCUAAUUA